AUGUCGAGGUGGAGGCCACUUGGUGAGGCCUUUACUCGCUCCCAGCCGGCGCAGCUUAUUGACACAGAGCUAUGCUCGGGGACCCCCCCAUUGUUGGAAUCUACAGUCGGGGAGCAUUUCUCCAACAUUGUCCGGUCGUUUGGCGAUAGAACAGCUGUCAUUUCAAAGCAUCAAAAUGACAGAGCAACCUACGCAGCUCUAGAUGCCAGGAGCAAUGCCCUUGCGCGAGGCCUAGAGUCCGUGGGCGUCCGCAAAGGGCACCGCGUUGCAGUAAUGUUAGGGAAUUCCAUGGAACAUGCUAUUGCAACUUAUGCACUCUUCAAACUUGGAGCCAUUCUCGUCCCCAUAAAUCCUUCUUUCAACUCGACACAAGUAGCAUCGGCGUUGAAUCACCUUGAUACAAGCCAUUUCAUAGUCAGCGCUGAAUCCAAUCUCCCACGGAAACAACCACGAAGCAACAUCCCCCUUCUCGAGCACCUAGUUCGAGAUCUCAACUCGGCAAAGCUAGAGUCCGAGGUAAUCCCCUCGCUCCAACAUGUCAUCUUCGUGAACAACUCCGACGGUCGAGUCGACGGCUCCGAAUAUAGGUCCCUCACUCCCUACUCAUCCAUCGUAUCCUCCGCUACUGCAGACAUCAGACCCCUCCCGCCUCAGAACCUCUCGCCCCACGACAUCGUCAACAUACAAUUCACAUCCGGCACCACCGCCAUGCCCAAAGCAGCCUGUCUUACCCACCGCUCCAUCCUCAACAACGGAUCCCAGAUUGGCGAUCGAAUGCGCCUGACCCCCCAGGACGUCGUCUGCUGUCCUCCACCACUCUUCCACUGCUUCGGAUCCGUCCUAGGAUACAUGGCCACCGCGACGCAUGGGUCCGCAAUCGUCUUUCCCACCGAAUCCUUCAACGCAAGGGCUGCCCUCACUGCCGUCCAAGAGGAGAAAUGCACCGCGCUCUACGGCGUUCCGACCAUGUUUCUCGAGGAACUCAAACUCCUCGAAGACGGGGAAGUAUCCUCUGAAGGAUUCGAGUAUCUUCGCACCGGUAUCGCCGCCGGCAGCAGCAUCCCCGCCGAGCUUAUGAAGAAGCUACACCGAGUCCUCAAUCUCACCGAGCUGACCAUCUGCUACGGAAUGACGGAGACCAGCCCCGUCUCGGCCAUGACUACAACGGACGACCCCAUCGACAAACGCAUCAACACGGUCGGUCGACUCAUGCCGCAUGUCGAAGCCAAAGUCACAAGCCCUACGGACCCCAACCAAACCCUUCCCGUCAACGUGCCCGGCCAGUUAGCCGUCAGCGGAUACCUCCUGAUGAAAGGGUACUGGAACGAUGCGCAACGAACGUCCGAGGUGAUGGUUAAAGACGAGCAGGGGAAGACAUGGAUGCUGACCGGCGACGAAGCCACCCUCUCGGAAGACGGCUACAUCGCCAUCACCGGGCGAAUCAAAGACCUGAUCAUCCGUGGCGGCGAGAACAUCCACCCCCUGGAAGUCGAGAACUGCCUGCUCACGUACCCCGAGGUACUAGAUGUAUCGGUGGUGGGGGUUCCCGACGAGCGAUACGGCGAGGCCGUAGCGGCAUUCAUCAUCCCGCGCAGCCAAACCGACGAGGCGACGUCCGGCGAGAAAAUCAAGAAAUGGGUUGGCGAGCGUCUGAGCAAUCAUCUGGUCCCGAAAUACAUCUUCUUCCUUGCUCCAUCGGACACAUUCCCCAAGACAGCAAGCGGGAAGGUCCAGAAAUUCAAGCUAAAAGAAAACGCCAUCGAGAUCCUGAAGGGCAUGAAUGUCACGAACUGA